UUUUGUUGCCACCGACCGAACCCAAAGCAAAGCAGACAAAGAAACCUACCUACCAAACCGACCAAAAAAUUUCCAUGCAGCUCACAUGACCACCCGCGAAUCCUCCUCCGGACUCGACUCUUCGAGCAUGGACGAUCAGCCCACCAAACGCACCGUUUCACUUGAUCCGGAACCCGAACCCGGCGGCGAGGUCUGGGUCGAAAACUUCAACCGCAGCUUCCGCCAGGUGCAGGCCGUCCUCGACCGCAACCGCGCUCUGAUCCAGCAAGUCAACGACAACCACCAGUCCCGGAUUCCGGCCAACAUGGUCAAGAACGUCGCCCUCAUCCAGGAAAUCAACGCCAACAUCCGCAAGGUCGUCUCGCUCUACUCCGACCUGUCCUCCGAUUUCUCCACCGUCUUUCCCAACAAGGAGCGCUGCGAUCCCAACUAGUCCGUCCCUCGGCGUUUUGCUAAGAGGAUUACAGUGCAACUGCUUUCCUGUUGAACCUGCCAAACUAAAGACGAGGUACUUAUGGCUUUUCGCUCAAUGCCUUGUUCGUUGCUAGGUCUCAUGUUAAGCAAUCUUCUCAGCAGGUCAACACGGAAUGUUCAGAUGAGUAGCUUGUUAUUAGUUAGGAUCUGAAUUUGGGUGGUGAAGAAUGAGUACAUGCUGCUCCAUAGUAGAGGGCAACUUCUCCCACCUAUUCUCAUGAAAGAAAUUUGCGACCAUCGGAUUAGCAACUUCUGAAUCUGUUUGGUUAAGUUGUAUUGUGGAUCUGCUCUGCUAUAGUUCUCUGCCUUGUAUUGUAAAAGACCACUAUAUUUCAACCUCCCGUGAUAUUCUUACUGAGACAUUGAUUACUGAAUAGUAAGGAAGAAACUCUUUCGUUGCCUUCCAAGGAUUCAAGAGUAUCAUCAUUUUGAAGAUCUUUUACCGGAUUUAAGUUCAUGGUAUAAGCAUAAGAAGUCUAGACCUCUUAUCUACAGUUCCUGUACUCCUGUAGUAGCUGUGUUAGGCUUGAAACUGUUCUGGAGGUCUUAUGAUUCAAUCACUUUGCAGCCUAAUAUGAUCAGAACACUGGAAGUGCGGGCAUAUUGGCAAUUCUUGUUUCAAGCUUGUUUAUCCUUCAGCUCACUUAUAUGCUUAUUACCUGUUGUUGAUUACGAGGCUACUGGAUUCGGUUGGUUCAUUUCAAGCUUUCAGCUUUGGUUUUGAUGUGGUUCAAUAGCAAGUUUGCUGUUAGGAACAGUCAACAAAUUCUAUCAUUAAUGCUAAACAAUGUUAUACCAUUUGUAUCUA